AUGACGGCGCCGAGACCUCCCUCUCGGCGAUUACGAUCGCUGCGAUACUCAUCGGAGAAGAUGGAAGGUACCGGAAGCUGGGACGUGCUUGAAUGGACUAAAUUCGAUCCAGCUUCAUGGUCAGGCUCGUUUUCGAACUUGGAUUGCUUGCUGGAAUCUGAGAGGGUCAUCUUCGAUGGUUGUGGAGCUAUCCUUAUUAACACCGGUGAAGCGGGGACCCUGUUGCUAACAAAUUUCCGUACUCUGUUCUUGAGUGAAGGAAGCAGAAAGGUUGUUCCACUUGGUACAAUUCCACUGGUAACUAUCGAGAAGUUUAACAAAAUGGUGCUGAAAGUUCAAUCAAACAGACAAGACUCCAACAAGAAUCCACCAAAACGUCUUUUACAGGUCACUGGCAAAGACAUGAGAAUAAUUGUCUAUGGUUUUCGCCCUGGAACCAAGCAGAGACGUGCUGUAGUUGAUGCACUAUUGAAUUGUAGCAAGCCAGAGAGAGUAUGGGAUCUUUAUGCUUUUACAUGUGGGGUUUCCAAAUUCGGUAACACAAACCCAAAGGAAAGAUUGCUUAACGAAUAUUUUCGGCUCCUCGGAAAAAGUUCAUUGCAAGCUUCAAUGAAUAUGAUUGAUGACGGUUCAUUCGCACUGUCCAAUGACCUUUGGCGGAUAACUGACUUGAACUCCAAUUACAACUUGUGUGAGACCUAUCCGUUUGCUUUGAUGGUUCCAAAAUCCAUUAGUGAUGACGAACUGAUCCAGGCAUCUACUUUCCGGUCAAAAUGUCGAUUGCCCGUGAUCUCGUGGUGUCAUCCAGGAAGUGGAGCUGUGAUUGCUCGCUCAUCACAACCUCUAGUUGGUCUAAUGAUGAACAUGAGGAGUAACUUUGAUGAGAAACUUGUUGCUUCAUUCUGCACUCAGUUAGCUGGUCAUAAGGGAGCACCACGGAAGCUUUAUAUCGCAGAUGCAAGGCCUAGGAAAAAUGCUUUUGCAAAUGGAGCAAAGGGAGGAGGCUCAGAAUCAUCUUCAAAUUAUUUGCAAUCUGAAAUUGUUUUCUUUGGGAUAGACAACAUACAUGCUAUGCGAGAGAGCUUUUCCCGCCUGAGGGAUUAUUUAGAUAUGCACGGUACAACAUCAUCCGACGGGACGUCAUCAUUCUUGAGACAGGGUGGCUGGACUUGGGGUGGAGGUAAUCUCAGUAGUAUGUCUGCUUCAGUAUCCUUGCUUGGAGACAGUGGUUGGUUGAGCCAUAUCCAGGGCAUCUUAGCUGGUGUGGCAUGGAUUGCUGCACGUGUUGCUAUGGAGUCGGCAUCAGUUCUCGUGCACUGCAGUGAUGGAUGGGACAGAACAACUCAGCUGGUUUCUCUUGCAUGCUUAUUGCUAGAUCCAUAUUACAGAACAUUUGCUGGGUUUCAGGCUCUUAUCGAAAAAGAUUGGUUAGCAUUCGGUCACCCAUUUUCGGACCGUGUGGGAAUGCCUAAUGUUGCUGGAUCUGGUAAUUUUGAAUUACCAAUUCAGUCUUCUUCUUCGAGAAGUUUCCCUUCAUCUUCAGGAUCAGCAGCUGCUCAAUCUUCUAUCUCUUCACAUGGGCAGAACAAUUAUUCUCCUAUAUUUUUGCAGUGGGUUGAUUGUGUUUCACAGCUAAUGCGGAUGUAUCCUUCUGCUUUCGAGUUUUCUCCGACUUUCCUGGUAGAUUUCACGGACUGCUUGCUUUCAUGUCGUUUUGGGAACUUUUUGUGCAAUAGUGAGAAGGAGAGGCAGCAGUGUGGGAUAUCUGAAGCCUAUGGCUGCAUGUGGGCCUACUUGACUGAUUUGCGUUCAUCUAGUGCAACUCCUCAUGUCCAUUGUAACCCAUUUUAUAAUCCUUCAAGAUAUGAUGGGCCAUUAUUACCUCCUGCAGCAGCUCUAGCUCCGACUCUCUGGCCCCAGUUCCAUCUUCGGUGGGCUUGCCCUGUGGAACCAAACGCUGGAGAAAUCGAGGAUCAAUGUAGAGCCAUGACUGUUAAGUACUCAGAAAUGAAGAAGGAGAAAGAAGUAGCAGAAAGGAAAGUAGAGGAUAUAUCUUCUGCAAUGGAGUCAUUGAAGGAAGAGUUGCAGAACGAGAAAGAGAUAAGCCGUGCAGCUAGAGAAUCAGAAAAGAGAGCUAUAAAAGAGCGUGCUGUCAUAUUGAGAGCGGUGCAAUCACUCGGCUGCAAAGUUAACUUCACUAAGAACGGUGAUUUCGCAGUUGAAGUAGAAGACGGGCCACAGAAAUGUUCUCACUCACUUCCCCAGAAACCAUCUGAGAAUAACACAACAACAGAUGUCUCAGAAUCUCUCUCUUCACUGACUGACCAAAAAGUUUCUCAAGCAUUGCAUACAAGAGAAGGAACCUGUCGAUGGCCUGAUGCGGGUUGUGCUCAGAUCGGGAGCCAAUUUGUUGGUUUAAAAGCAAACUUUGAAGCGUUUGAUAAACUCUCGAUCUACGACAGCUAUUUUACAGCUGAAUGA